UUUAAAUCCCUCCACGUUCCCCACGGCAGCGUCGGCAGAUUUGCCCGGAGGUCUACGGUUACUCAGCGCCGUAGCCGUCCCAUGUGAAAUUACACGCCUGACCACAACGCCAUGAAAAAGUGCAGCGCAGACUCGAGACACAAAUAGAGCAGUUCCAGUCUGAGGCUGGCUCCGAGCCCAGCCGAGCUCCGGCGGAGACGCUUAAAGUCGUUAUAGACUCACUGCAGCUCUCACACACUCACACACACACACACACUUCACCCUGUGAGGAACGACAGAUGCAGACGCAUGCACUAUCAGACGAGAGACGCAGACACACUCAGCUAACACACACACACACACACACACACAGCAGUGAGGAUGAAACCCGGCAGGACUUCAGCAGGACCUUCAAUGUAGUGUCCCUCUCGGCUAUGCAGCAGUGCAGGACAGACGGUGAUGAUGGAGACACCGAAAACCUCCAGAGCUAACAGCGCUCCUCUGACCACACACAGCAGGACACACCAUGUGAUCCAGGUGGACUCAGUGCAGCGCUGGAUGGAGGAUCUGCGUCACAUGACCGAGGUGGAGUGUAUGUGUGUGCUGCAGUCCAAGCCGCUCGGUGUGGAUGAGGACUCUUCAGGCGAGCUCAUCGUCCCCGGUGUGGGCGUGGCCAGUGAUCACGUGACCCGGGACAACCUGCAGACUCUCCUGAAGAGGGCGCUUGUUGUCAGCACUGAGCUGGGCAAGAUGUUCCAGCGUCUAGAGAAGGGACGAUGGCAGCGUGUCCACGGAACCGCCGUCAGGGCCAACUGCCACGUCCGCUCGCUGGUGCACGAGUGCAGCGCUCACAGAACCAACAACACACACAUGCAGAAGUAUGAGGCCACUCUGCUGGAGAAGUGUACGGAGCUCACCGUCAUCACUGAGAGGUGUCUCCACACAGAUGAUGAAUAUUUUCUCAAGUCCAUGAAGGAGGCCAUUCACGAGAUCCUAACGGACGUCAGCGACUCGUUCAGCCAAAUGAUCGACAUGGCCUUGGCCAGUGAGAUACAGGUCCUGAUCAGGCAGGUCGAGGAGUCAGAUGACGUGUUCCUGAUGGAGAACGCGAUCAGUAACCUGCUGUCUCUCACGCAGGACGGACCUCAGCUCUGCAGCAUCAUCGCCAAAGAAGGUGCAGUCAUAGCUCUGUUGAAGAUCUGUAGGCAGGACUGUUUCAGCUCUUUAUACGCUCCUGCUCUCAGGACCGUCGCCUCCAUCUGCUGCGUGGAGGAGGGAAUCAACCAACUGGAGAAAGUGGACGGUGUACUGUGUCUGGCGGAUAUUCUGACUGAUGAAGGUUGUACAGAAGCGGCUCGAGCCGAAGCGGCAGCAGUCGUGGCUCAGAUCACGUCCCCUCACCACUCCAACACACACCACCUGUCCAGCUUCAUCGAGAGCAUGCAGGACAUCGUCUCCGCCCUCAUCAAGCUUUGUGAGACCGCGUCCUGCGGCGAGGUGUUCCUCUUAGCCUCGGCUGCUCUGGCAAACAUCACUUUCUUCGACAGUUUAGCGUGUGAGAUCCUGCUGCAGCUGAACGCCGUGCACAUCCUCCUCCAGGCCUGCAGGGACCGCCAGCGAGUCGACACACCUUACUCCAAAGACCAGGUCGUAACAAUUUUGGCCAAUUUGUCUGUUUUGGAACAAACAGCGUCGGAGGUCUUACAGGAGAACGGACUGGAGCGUCUACUGAUGCUGCUGGGAGAGAAACCGUCGUCCUCCAGUCCAUCAGAGGGCGCCGCGUGUGAGCGAGUUCAGCAGAAGGCCGCGGUGACUCUGGCGCGGUUAAGCCGAGACCCAGCCGUCGCUCAGGCCGCCGUCGAGCUGCAGGCUGUGCCGCGUCUUAUCCAGCUGUGUCGAUCUCCAGCUGAGAGAAACAGCAGUGACUCCGUUCUGGUGGCCUGUCUGGCUGCUCUACGGCGGUUGGCUGCAGGAUGUUCUGACAGCAUCGACCCGGCGGAUCAGCAGCAGCUCAUAAAGCCGCGGCUCGUUGAUUCGUUCCUGCUCUGUUCCAACAUGGAGGAGAGUUUCGUCUAAAGCUGCACACACACACACACACACACACACGCACACACACAGUAUGCUGGACUGGGUUAAGCUGAUCAUUAUUGUUCCAAGUCCAUACAGUGAUUUAUUUUAUUAUUUUAGCUUACCAGUUACAGCGCUAAUACUAACGCUAAUGCUAACACAACUGCUUUUUUAGCAAAGUUCAGUUCUCACGUGACAUAUUAAAGACCUUCAAAACUGAAACACCAUCUACAACCCGAAAUCGAACAGGACCAGAAGCAGAAGUAAAUCCCCAGAACAAGAACCAAUAGUACCAACAGUACGCCUCGAACUGAUCAGGAACUGGACACAGAGCCACAGGACAGAACCAGAACCGACCGGGAGAACAUGAAGGACCAAGAAUAAGUCACAGAACACACACACACACACACACACACACACACUCGUACACACAUUCGUCUUUAUAAUAACUGAAAUAUUUAAUUUAAAAUAUGUUGAUUUUUAAAAUGUUAAUUUUUAAGGUUUUUACACAAAAUGUUUGUAAUAUUUCUAACACUCAUAAACAUCUAAAUGUCCAUGUAAAUGAA